UCGGGCAGCGUGGGUUGUUGAGUUAUACCAAGGAGUAUAAAAGUCUGUUGCUCUUGGUCUCAAUACUUCAGUAAACCCUCAGUUAUCGUCCACGAAAAAAGUUGUAUAAAAAAAUGGCCCUUGAACGUCAAGUUCGUGCUAAGGUAUUAGCUAAACGUGAUCCACAACAGGAGAAAGAAGCACAAGAAUGGAUUGAAACAAUCCUUGGAAAAAAAUUCCCUCCAGGUGAAUUGUAUGAAGAUGUCAUUCGCGAUGGACAAGUUCUCUGUGAAGUUAUGAACAAACUUGCUCCAGGAUCUAUUCCAAAAAUUAACACCAGCGGUGGACAAUUCAAAAUGAUGGAAAACAUCAAUAACUUCCAAAAAGCUAUGAAAGCAUAUGGAGUCGCAGAUGUUGAUGUAUUCCAGACAUCAGAUUUAUAUGAAAAGAAAGAUAUAUCUCAAGUCACUACUUCCUUAUUUGCACUUGGUCGCACGACAUAUUUACAUCCUGAAUGGAAAGGACCUUACUUAGGACCAAAACCAUCCGAAGAACACAAACGAGAAUUUACAGAAGAACAAUUAAGAGCUGGACAAACUAUUGUUGGUCUCCAAGCUGGUUCCAACAAAGGUGCAUCCCAAGCUGGACAAAAUAUUGGUGCUGGUCGCAAAAUUAUCCUUGGAAAGUAAAAUCAUAUGAAAUUUUUUCCUACUACUAUUGUAAACUAUAUUUAUUUUAAUUUUUAUAAAUGAAUAUUAUUAAUACAUGUUUAAGUGUAUUAUUUAAUACAGUACAAGCAUUGUAAUCCAAAUGAAAUAAUUCUCACCGGAUAUUUUUUUAUAAAUAACGUAUCAUUUACUCAGUCUUUCAUCAGUCAUCUUUCAAAAAUUUAAAUAAAAAAUGUAAAAUAAAUUGGGCAAUAAAAAUUGAUAUGACCUCAUUUUUUCAAGACACAGCAAUAACGUCGUAAAUAAAAAAUUCUAACAUUUACAUGGAAUUUACGCGGUCAAAACGUCAGUUAUUAUGGUUUAGGUUGACCUUGGGAUUAUUUAUAUUUAAUCCAGGACAUUUCACAGAGUAAGACAAAUUUAUAAAAACAUUGACAAUAAAUCUUUCAAUAUUUCGAGCUUGAAUGUAACAAAA